UGGAUGUCCACGCGAUCCUUUGUACUCUACCCUCCAGUGUGCGAUAAAAAGGAUCAUCCCACCACGCGUUGGUCGUUGUAAGGAUGCGUCUCCAACGCCUCUUGUCGGUGGCUGUCUUUGGGCGUCUUGCUGUCGCAACAGCAACAUGUUAUUUCCCGGAGGGCAACGUCGCGACGGAUUACAUGCCGUGUUCGGACAGCGGGGAUUCCUUCUGCUGCAAUGAGGACUCCAUUUGUCUGAGCAAUGGUCUGUGUAUAUCGAUGCACCAGCCAUACGUUCUUGGACGGGGGGCUUGUACCACCAAGAGCUGGAACGAUACAUCGGUCUGUGACGAUGUGUGUCAUGGAAUAACAACGGCCUGGGGCACCGCAUGCUCCCUAAUUCUAUACAGCGACGUCGACGGGGAGCAGCUGUACUGUCCCAACUCAAUCAUCUCAAACGGAACCAGCUCCAUCGGCUGCGCUGAUGGCGUCUCGCCAAUCAAGGUCGCCACAGGCAGUCCUAUAUUUGGUGUCGCUUUCCUGGCAGAUGCCACUGUCCUCACAAAUAGCAGUGACACUUCAACAACAACGACGACGAGUACGAACGUCACGACUAGCAGUAGCAACACCACUACGUGCGCUGUCAGCACCACCACGACCGACGAUGCCAACGUGGCAAGGAAAAGCAACGACGUCAGUCAUUCGACCCUCGUGGCUGUUGGCGCGGGAGUCGGAGUCCCUCUUGGCAUCAUUGCCCUCGCGUCGUUGGCAUUUGCCUAUUACGAACGACAAAAGCGAGUACGGCUUCAACAGGCCCCGCCUGCGAUGUAUCAAGUGUCGCAGGGCGGAUAUGAUGUUGCAUCGACCACCGCCUCCGGGGUGAAGACGUUCCCCGGUCGUCGGACGCAUGAGUUGGAUGAGAAGAUCACUGCGGCAUUUACUCGCAGCCUAUUCACUCUCAUCGGCGUGAACUUCCCCUCCGAGGACCCCGAGUGGCCCGCGAGCUCCACGACCGGCACACGGUUUCAGAUUCUCGACUCUCAGCCUUUUCGGCUGACUGGGCCAUUGUUCUGCACAACACCACUCCGGCAAACCCCAGGCGGCGCUUUCAACAUCUGCUACCGAGUGAGGUAUGAAGAUGGAGUCCAUGUAAUUGUCCGGUUUGCUGCCCUUGGGCGGGCGAUCCCCCGCAGAGAGAAACUCGAGAACGAAGUCGCCACGAUGAGGUACCUAAGACAAAACACGUCGAUCCCGGUCCCCGAGGUCUUCGGAUCUGGGAUCUGGGAUCUGGGAUCUGCUGGGCAGGACCGUAUAUCGUGA